AUGGUCAAGGAAGAAACAAAAACUCUUGAACAUAAUGCUGGAUCGAAUCAAAGAAAAAGAUUUAUAUCCAUAGGAAUUAUGAUGUUUGUCGAGGUUGUCCUACCUAUCAUUCUCUACUAUAUUCUCGAAGGACAUUUGCCAACCAUCUGGGCCUUGGUCAUUUCAGGUGUACCUCCGCUUAUCGCGGUUAUCUUUGGCAUUGUUCGUCAUAGACGUGUUGACAUUACCGGUGUACUUGUCAUCUUCAGUUUUGUCAUUGGAGCUGUGGUAGCAACUGUUCAAGGAGAUCCGAAGUUAUAUCUGCUACGCGAAUCGUUUUUCACGGGAGUCAUUGGCCUGGUGUUCCUCAUCACUCUGAUUCCAUUUAAAUUUGGUUCCUUCCAAAUGCGACCCAUUGUAUUCUACCUCGCUAAAGAUAUGCAGACAGGUGGAACUUUUAGUUCGGGCGACAGAACUCAAGCUUCGACUGAUGAAGAAACAAUUGCCGAAAGUUGGGAAAGAUAUUGGGGAUUGUACCCGAAAUUUCGAGAGGGAUUCAUUAUCAUGACAGCAGUCUGGGGUUUGGGAUUACUUUUAGAGGUUGUUUUGCGUGUUAUCAUUAUCUUCGAAACGUCAACGGUCGAUCAGGCUGUUUACAUUGCAGCCAUUGUGACUUAUAGCUGGAUCGCCCUUUUGGUAGUAUUCACCAUUAUUUAUUCAAGAUGGAUGGCUAAGCAAGGCCAAAAAAGACGACUGGAGAUGAUCUCCAGCCAGGAACAACAUGGGUGA